AUGGCUUUGAAGCUUAACCCUUUGGCAUCGCAGCCCUACAAAUUCCCUUCCUCGGCUCGUCCGCCGAUUUCUACUUUCAGAUCUCCCAAGUUCCUCUGCCUCGCUUCUUCCUCUCCUGCUCUCAGCUCCGGCGCCAAGGAGGUUGAGAGUUUGAAGAAGCCAUUUACGCCACCUAAGGAAGUGCAUGUUCAAGUGUUGCACUCCAUGCCUCCCCAAAAGCUAGAGAUCUUCAAAUCUAUGGAAGACUGGGCCGAGAACAACCUUCUUAUCCAUCUCAAGGAUGUGGAGAAGUCUUGGCAACCCCAGGACUUCUUACCCGACCCUGCGUCCGACGGGUUUGAGGAUCAAGUAAGAGAGUUGAGAGCGAGAGCUAGAGAGCUCCCUGAUGAUUACUUUGUUGUUCUUGUGGGAGACAUGAUCACAGAAGAAGCGCUUCCCACCUACCAAACCAUGUUGAACACUUUGGAUGGAGUUAGGGAUGAAACCGGUGCUAGCCCCACUUCAUGGGCCAUUUGGACUAGAGCUUGGACUGCAGAAGAGAACCGACAUGGCGAUCUCCUCAACAAAUACCUUUACUUGUCUGGUCGUGUUGACAUGAGGCAAAUUGAGAAGACGAUCCAGUACUUGAUUGGAUCCGGAAUGGAUCCGAGGACAGAGAACAAUCCUUACCUUGGCUUCAUCUAUACUUCAUUCCAAGAAAGAGCGACCUUUAUCUCUCACGGAAACACAGCUCGUCAAGCCAAAGAGCAUGGGGACUUGAAACUGGCUCAGAUAUGUGGCACAAUAGCUGCAGACGAGAAGCGUCACGAAACCGCUUACACCAAGAUAGUUGAGAAGCUCUUUGAGAUUGAUCCUGAUGGCACUGUGAUGGCUUUUGCAGACAUGAUGAGAAAGAAAAUCUCAAUGCCGGCUCACUUGAUGUACGAUGGACGCAACGACAACCUCUUUGACAACUUCUCUUCCGUGGCUCAGAGGCUCGGUGUGUACACCGCCAAAGACUACGCAGACAUUCUUGAGUUUUUGGUUGGUAGGUGGAAGAUCAGUGACUUGAGCGGGCUUUCAGGUGAAGGGAACAAAGCACAGGACUAUUUAUGUGGCUUGUCUCCAAGAAUCAGGAGAUUGGAUGAGAGAGCUCAAGCAAGAGCCAAGAAAGGACCAAAGAUUCCUUUCAGUUGGAUACAUGACAGAGAAGUGCAGCUCUGA